AUGUCAGCUGUGAAUGCUCUUAAAGUGGGUUUUAUUCGCUUAAAGCGGGGCAUCUCUGACGUUAGAUUUUGCGUAGACUCUUUCCUAUCUGCCCCAGGAGCUUUCGAAACAUUUCAAACGUGCUGUAAAGAGUUUUUCAUAUGCCGCGUAAACUCGCGCCACUUCGUACCAAAUGCUGAACUGGAUUUCCACGAAAAACAUUGCGAGGACCCUCUCUAUCGCGAAAUAAUUGCGGAACUGGCCGCUGAUCCUGUCCCAGUAAGAUUUCCCAGCUCGAAUUCAAGCGAGGACGGUGAUAGAAGCGAUGAGGACACUAAUUCUGUCAGCUCCGGAGAUACCGAUUACUCAACAUCGAAAGACGAAUUGCUUCGCCAAAUAUUGGAUGGUCCCAGACUAUAACGACCACACUUCUUUGAAGGCUUUAUUCGAUUGUCUUUGAUCUUAUAUACAACCUACACAACAUGAUGAAUUGC